GAAAGGACUUUUGACAAAAGUUGGUGGCUAGUAUAUCAAAUAGACCUUUAGUUUGCUAUCUUUCAUUGCACUCUGGGAUUAAAGAAACUCAACCGCUGUGUUCCAAAUCCAUCCCACAUUCCUAGCAUCUACAUUCCUAGUGUGUUUAUCACAAAUAUAGAAUUCAAGUGUACAAGGAUCAAUUUUCAAUCACUGCUGCAACGCCAUCAAAUAAACCAAAACAAAGAGUGAUUUUUUUAUUCCCAAAAUUCCAUCAAAUAAGAGACAAAAAAUGGGAAGCUCGGUUGACGUGCUCUCCAUCUUGAACGAUCCAGUUCAAUUGAAAUCUUUAUUAAACGAUGAAUCUGAAUUGGAAUCAUUUCGUCAAGCUGCUAUAACUAAGCUAACUACUCAACAACAGCAAUUAGAUAAACAUGAAGAGACUACACAAAGAUCAAGACAAGCCCUAACUGAAAUUGGCAACGUAUUGAUAGCUGUGGCAAUGGGUGAUGUUACUAAAAAAGUUGAUAUUAAAGAUGAACCAGAUCCAGAAAUUUUAAAAGUUAAAAUAACGAUAAAUACUAUGGUUGAUCAAUUAAAUACUUUCUCUGCUGAAGUGGUUAAGAUCGCUACUGAAGUUGCUCAUGGUGAAUUAGGUGGUCAAGUUAAAAGUGCUGGAACUGUUGGUAUCUGGAGAGUCUUGUCUGAUAAUUUAAAUGUUAUGGCCUUAAAUUUAACUAACCAAGUUAGAGAAAUUGCAGAUGUUGUUAGAGCUGUUGCUGGAGGUGAUUUAUCAAGAAAGAUUAAUGUUCAUGCACAAGGUGAAAUUUUGGAAUUACAAGAAAUUAUUAAUACUAUGGUUGAUCAAUUGAAAACUUUUGCAUUUGAAGUUACUAGAGUCUCAAGAGAAACGGGUGUUGAAGGUCGAUUGGGUGGUCAAGCUAUAGUUGUUGGUGCUAAAGGUAUAUGGAAAGAAUUAACUGAUAAUGUGAAUGCUAUGGCUACAAAUUUAACAAAUCAAGUUCGAAAUAUUGCAAAUGUUACAACUGCUGUCGCCAAAGGUGACUUAUCUAAAAAGGUUACUGCUGAUUGUAAAGGUGAAAUUCUGGAUUUGAAAUCAACAAUCAAUCAAAUGGUGGAUUCUUUACAAACUUUUGCUAUGGAAGUUACAAGUUUGGCUACUGAUGUUGGUAUAAAGGGUAUAUUGGGUGGUCAAGCUGUUGUCAAUGGUGUUGAGGGGGCUUGGAAAGAUUUGACAGAUAAUGUCAAUGCAAUGGCUACUAAUUUAACAAAUCAAGUUAGAUCUAUAGCAGCUGUUACCACUGCAGUUGCUCAUGGUGAUUUGUCUCAGAAGAUUGAUGUUGUUGCACAAGGUGAAAUUUUAGAAUUGAAAUCCACUAUCAAUAAGAUGGUUGACUCCUUACAAGUUUUCGUUAGUGAAGUGACAAGAGUUGCUAAAGAUGUCGGUAUAGAUGGUAAAUUGGGUGUCCAGGCUCAAGUUAGUGAUGUUGAUGGGUUAUGGAAAGAAAUUAUUACAAACGUUAAUGUAAUGGCUGCUAAUCUAACUUCUCAAGUCAGAGCUUUUGCUCAAAUUACAGCUGCUGCCACUGAUGGUGAUUUUACAAAAUUCAUUACUGUGGAGGCGAGUGGUGAAAUGGACACUCUAAAGACUAAAAUUAAUCAAAUGGUUUUCAAUUUAAGAGAAUCAAUCAAAAGAAACACUGCAGCAAGAGAAGCUGCUGAAUUGGCAAAUAGUGCAAAAUCAGAAUUCUUGGGUAUUUUCUCUCAUGAAUUAAGAACUCCAUUCAAUGGUAUUUUGAAUUACACCCAAUUGACACUAGAUACCGAAUUGACUCAAUAUCAAAGAGAAAUGUUAUCAACUGUUCAUAACUUGGCAAAUUCUUUAUUAACAAUCAUUGAUGAUAUACUGGAUAUUUCCAAAAUUGAAGCAAAUAGAAUGACAAUUGAAGAAGCUGAAUUCUCAUUAAGAGGCACUGUUUUCGGUGCAUUGAAAACUUUAGCUGUUAAAUCCAUUGAAAGGCCAUUAGAAUUGAUUUAUGAAGUUGAUAGUUCAUUCCCAGAUUCGUUAAUUGGUGAUUCUUUCAGAUUAAGACAAGUUAUUUUAAAUUUGGUUGGUAAUGCCAUCAAAUUCACUUCAAAAGGUCAUGUUAAAUUGAGUGUCAAGAAGGCUACUGAACCUUUAGAAACUCAAAUUUCCAAAACAAUUGAAAAUAAUAAUUAUGUUAUUGCUUUAGAAUUCUGUGUUUCUGAUACAGGUAUUGGUAUUAAAAAGGAAAAAUUGGAUUUGAUUUUUGAAACUUUUACUCAAGCUGAUGGUUCAACAACAAGAAAAUUUGGUGGUACUGGAUUAGGUUUAUCAAUUUCUAAAAAAUUAAUUCAUUUAAUGGGUGGUGAAAUUUGGGUUACAUCUGCUUUUAAGGAAGGUUCUAAAUUUUAUUUCACUAUUGCAACUUCACCAGCUAAGGCUGAAUUAAGUAAACAAUCAGAUGCUCUAUUGACUUUCAAUUUACAUCAAAUUUUAUUCAUUUCUACAAUUUAUUCGAAAGAAGAAACUGAAAAAGUUAGAAAAGAUUUAGUGGAUUUGAAUUUAAGACCUACAGUGGUUCAUGAUAUUGCAGAAGUUAGCUCAGAAGAACAAUCUAAAUUUGAUGUUAUCAUAAUUGAUUCAUUAGAAAUUGGUAAGUCCCUUAGAGAAUUACCAGAAAUCAAAUACAUUCCAUUUGUUUUACUAAAUCCAAUGAUCCCAAAAUUGAAUAUGAAAGUUUGUCUAGAUCUUGGUAUUCAAUCUUAUGGUAACACACCAUGUUCGUUAAUAGAUUUAGCUGGUUACUUGAAACCUGCACUAGAAUCAAGAGUCGUUCCAAGUGAUGAUAACACUCCACAAUCAUAUGUCAUCUUGUUAGCUGAAGAUAAUUUGGUGAAUCAAAAAUUAGCUGUUCGUAUUUUAGAAAAAUAUGGUCAUGAAGUACAUGUGGUACAAAAUGGUUUAGAAGCUUUUGAAGAAGUUAAAAACAAACGUUAUGAUGUCGUUCUAAUGGAUGUUCAAAUGCCAAUUAUGGGUGGGUUUGAAGCUACUGAAAAAAUUAGAAAAUGGGAAAAAGAAGUUAAUCCAAUGGAUCCAUUCAGUGUUAGAGUUCCAAUCAUUGCUUUGACUGCACAUGCUAUGUUGGGUGAUCGUGAAAGAUGUUUACAAAACCAAAUGGAUGAAUAUAUUUCAAAACCAUUGAAACCUAAUUUAUUAAUUCAAACAAUUGCAAAGACAAUUCAUCAUAUUAAUAAAUUAAAAGAAUUAAGUGCUUCAAAUCCAACUAAAUUUCAAUCUUUAACAAAAGAGCUUUGA